AUGCAAUCUAUGUUCCGCCUCCCAUGGAGCACCGAGAACGCCGUCCUGGACAAGGCCCAGUACUCGCAGAAGCCGCGUCCUGUCGUCGAAAUCCCGCUGCUGAGCAAGCUCAAGCGAAAGCGCACCGACAGCCCCGAGCCAUCGCCUCCCUAUGGUCAGCACUUCCCAAAGAAGUGGAAGUACGCGCACGACGGCGUGCGCCCGGUGGUAGAGAUAGGGAAGCCCGAUCGUCUCGCUGAACAGGAUGCACCCAGCCCUGCACCCGCGCGCGUCAAGAGCGCUGCAAAGGUGUCGGAUGCGCCGCUGCUGCCCAAGGCAGAACCCACGCCGUCGCCCAUCGAACAGGCGCAACUGUCGCCGACCGCACUCCCAAGCCCAACCUCGGCCACCAUGGACGCCAGCCUGGAAGCCAGCCUGGAUGCCAGCAUGGUCGACGCCGACCCCACGGCCUUCACGCCGCUGCAGCAGGCCAUCGAGACGCAUUUUGACCAGGAAAUCCUGCUCAAGCACAACGAGCUGCGCCUGAUCGAGCAGGAGCUGGCCAAGUGCCAGGUUGCGCUGGAGCAGCUGCGCCGCUGUCAUGUGAUUCCCUAUCCUGGAACGGACGCUGCCUCUACAGACGUCAGCCGCGGCGUCGGCGCUUCGCUCGAACCUCGGCAGGGCUACACGGCGCCCGAAUCGCCUGCUCCCUGGGGCGUUACGGACGGCCCCUACUCCCGUCACUACGCCAAGUGGCUCAUCCCAGACCCCAAGUUCGACAGUGUCCCGGUUGCGAGCCUGCAGUCUUCCCGCUCCAGCUCGGGCCCGUCCGAAGGCCGCGCGACGCGAGGUAGCCUGGCCGAGCUGCCUGUGGCCGGAAAGUCGCGUUCGUCACGUGCUUCCGCGGGAUCGAAGCUUCAGGCGCUCGGCGAUCCGUCUGCGCCCAAGAUUGAUCCCUUGCUGCACAGGCGCUCGACGGACGGUAAAUGGGUGCGCCUCUUCUGCCACCACCCGGACUGCCGGCAUAGCAAUUUCUCCAACACGCAGGGUUUCCUUAACCACUGCCGCAUCAAACACAACCAAAAAUUUGAGAGCCAUGACCAGGCUGCCGUCGAAUGCGGUGUUCCCGUCGACGUCAACGAGCUCGGUGUCGUCGUUCCCAACAACAAUGAGCCGGCCCCUCAGACGCCUGCCGCCGCCACGCACCCCAACGGGCCUUUUGUGCAUCCCCUAAUCCGAUCGAAUCCUCCGACGAAGCCGGCCGAUGUUCUCGCCAGGCGCAUUCCGCCCCGCAAAAAGUCACAAGCUGCGCCUCCUGACAGCUGCGAUGCCGCUCAAACCCCGCAACCCAAGGCCAAACAAAACUCGUCCUUCGUCCCAUCUCCGCAGACGCCCUACAUGAGCGCUCUUCUGCAGAAGCAAGGAUUUGAUGGUGAUUUGAACCAGCUAGUCGACUUUGCCCGUACCAAGGUCGAUCUCGCCGAACUCGACGCGUCCGAGUCUAGCGACGAUGAGCCCGCUCAAUCUGCCAAGACCGCGCCAAAGUCAAAGAAAAAGAGCUCAGCUAACGCCAACGCAUCCCGCGCCCCGGUACCCAGUCGUCUGCCGGCACGUGCUGGGGUCGCUCCGGCCCCUCUCGCGACAACCAACCUGCAUCCCACCGGCCAUGCGGCACCGCCCUCGCUCGGGCACAGUGACAGCGCGACGAGCAAUGGCAGCCUGCGCGGUGGCAACGCCGAGAGUCCGACGAUGGAGUUGAGUCCGCAUGCACUGGACUCAGCGCCUGGUUUAGUGACAGAUCACGAAGAUGAUGAUGACGAAGAAGACGACCAGGGCAGCGUCAACAUGCACACCGAGGGCGAGAGUUUCGGGGUUGACGAUGUUGUCGUCGAGGACGGCAGCGACGUGGAAAGGGACGGCGGAUGCAGGCGCGAAAAGAGCGUCGAGGGCUUCGGUAUGGCUAAGGCAGGACCGUCAAAGAAGUAG